AUGUACAAAACCAACUACGAACUUUAUAGCAGCCGCGAAAGCCUUGAUAGUCGCCGCUCACCACUCCCCGAGGAACUUCUCUCUCCACUCGCCGAGCUUUAUCCGCAUGUCGCUGCCCUCCAGCCUCGUUACAAUCCCAACACUUACACCUUUAUCGGCUAUCAAGACACGGAGUACUGGGCUUCUGCCUACACCACUCGAUCGGAAGAGGAGUCUUCUCAGUCAUCGCGUCGAGAAUCAUCUUGUCGCUUUGUCUCGAAACUUUCCAAACUUCGUCGCUUCUUGAGACGCGAUGAUCUUGCCAAACGUCGUCGAUCGGAGAUGUCUUCUUCCAUGAACUAA